GACAGGUAGCUCGCGGGUGGUAGUCAGGUAGGUAGGUAUCAAUGGCCAGCGCCAGUGAAUAUUUCUAUGUCCAUUUCUAUUUCCAUUUUCAACAACAACAACAACAACAACAACAACAGCAACAUUACCACCACCACCACCAUCAUCAUCAUCAUCAAUAUCAACGCCAACGUCAAUAACAUCAGCAUCAGUACCAACGACGACAACAACAACUCGAAACUUAAUCAAAACCCCAUGCACCCAUCCAGUCCUUCAUCAUCUUCUCUUUCUGAUCGAGGCACAACUAUCAUAAAUGUGAAGAUUGCCGCCAAAUCCAGCAACAUAUGCAAGAUACAUCUAUAUUAAGAAACCAGUCUAGUCCCGACUUCUCAAGGGUCUCAUCCGAUAAACUUAUACCUUUUGCACAGACUCCCGAGUUCUCCAUUUGGUGCCGAAUCGAAACAGUAAAUAUCUUGGUCACACAUUACCUUCACGACCUACCAUAUAUCGAAUUGUAUCUUCUCGUCGACAUACCAAGGUCUGUGCGGAGGCAGAUUGAAACCCUACAGGGCCCCAACCAUCUGAUUACGAUCCAUGCAAAUACCGCUGUCAGCAUAAUCCAUAUCUCACAUGCUCACACUGCUGCAUCGACUGCUCUUCCCGCGAUACACGAUCUCACAGGCAUUACAUUCGCAGGUUUUGCAAAUCACAAUUUACCUCAUUAUAUAGCAAUUUUACUCUAGACCUCUAUCACGGGAUAUUGAUGGGUACGAAGAUCACACUACAAGCCACUUUUGACCACAUAAAAAGCAACCAGUCAAUGCGGGUCAAACGCGAGUUUACGAGGCAGUACAGCUUUUGCCCAAUCUUGGUUUAGUCUUUUCUUCAUUUAAUGCACCACAAGCUCGUCCCAAUCUUCAAGGGCCUAUUUCAAUUGUAUUUGGGUCAUCAGAUAGUCCAAUCUCCAACAAGCUUUUCAUGGAUUUCAGAGAUUACACAGGGAUUAGCUAUUGAGCGCUAGGCUGCUCCCAGACCCGAAUCAACCUGGCA